CGGCCAUUCAGUCUUAGCAAGUGGUCAAGAAUGGAAUGACGCAGGUCUAUUACGCGCAAGCACAGCAAUCGACUUCUUCUUUUUAGCGUCAGCACUGAUUGGCGCUGUGUGUUCCUGGCGAACCUGGAUCAUUGUGGCCUGUGUGGUAUCUUGAUCUCUCUGUUUCCAUCUUGAUGCGGUGAGGUCUCGGUCUGUGCACAGUGAGGUUGAACUUCUCAGACAGCGCUUACACUCGCGGAGUUACUGCACUAAUAUUCCGGCAGCGCUUCUGUAUUGCUUUCUGGAUCCGCGCAGCUCGGGAUGUACUUAAUACGGUCGGACCAUCUACGAGCGUCCCGUUCAUCCCGCAAGCGACCUUUCUUGCCCAGUUUGAUCGGAAAAUUCACUGGAAAAGUGCAGCAGACUGCUGUUCGCUGCCGCCUUCGAGUUCGACGUGUAGUGGCACUUGCAAGGUUGGUCCAUGUUCAUCGUACGAUGACACUGCAAUACAAAGUCCUACCUUAUGCACAUGUUACCAGAUUGAUGCGGUGCGUCUCCCAUCUCGGUGAGGCACGAUCUCCUAAUGUUGCCACCUCGCGCUUGCAUAGCCUACGCAUUGCGUGUUUCAGCUGGCCUUGUUUCAUGACAUCAUGUGUCCACGUGGAGAAAUCCGUCCGUUUGAAUGACCACCCACUGAGGGCUUCCAGAAUUCAUGUUCUCAACGAGAAAGCACAUAAGAGACGGCACAACUGCCUCCAGCAGCAUCGUUCUUCGUAUCAGCAUUUAGCAUUCUAAGAUCAGGCAUCCGAAAUUUAUCAGUAACGGCUCGGCGCAGGCGGAUCUCAAAAUUCUACGUGAUCAACGGAUGCCGUCUUCUAUUUCCCAUGAUGUCUGUCCACCUAGUUGGUAAUGCACCUAUUGGUAAAUCCGUCCAACUAGUCACUGC